AUGCCGGCCAUAUCGGCCCUUCGUCCUACUCUAUCGCAACUACGUUGCUUUUCGCACACGCGUGUGCAACAUGAUCCACAACGAAGACCAAGACCGCCCCAAUAUUCUCAACAGCAACCCGAACCGCCUGAACCAACAAUAGACGAAAUACGAGAAAGCUUUCCACAGCUUCAUGUCUAUUAUAUCCGUCCGGCGAUUUGGGCUGUUGCAGUAUCAUGUGGUAUCUUCGUUGGCCUGUCCUUUUGGGAAGCGAAGAAGGAGCUGAAGAAAGAGUCUGUGUCUACUGGCGGGUGGCUCCAGGCGCCGCAAUGGACUAAGCGAAGGCAAGGCCCGUCAACACCAACUGAAGUCGUGACCGGAGCCUGGAAUUCCAGUGAUGCCAUCUCAAGAUUGGGCUAUGGCAUUAUCGGAGCCAACACCGGUGUUCAUCUGAGCAAGUUUCUUGCGCCGCGUGCUUGGGAUGGCUUAUGGCACGUGCCUGUUUUGAAUCUCAACUAUACUCAGUUCACUUCAAUGUUUGUACAUUCUGGAGCCCUGCACUUCUUCUUCAACAUGUACUUUCUCAACAACUUCAUGACGCCAGUUGGGUAUUCGCAGGUGUUCGAAGGCAGUCCAUACCACACUUUGGCUUUCUACCUAUCGACAGGGGUACUUUCUGGUUACGCUCAACAUCUGGCCACUCUGAUACCCACCCAGAAAGGUGCCAUUCCAGAGAUAUUCAUCAAAUGCGGAGGCGCUUCGGGUGCGCUUUUUGGUUUCCUGGGUAUCUUCUGCAUGCAGUAUCCCACUGCUGGACUUGGGAUCAUGUUCAUCCCGGUGCACUUCGAAGCGCAGUAUGUCCUACCUGCUAUCCUGCUUUUCGAUUUCGUUGGCAUGGUCCGUGGAUAUACCUUUGUGAAAUUCGGUCACGCGGCCAUUGGUGCGCCGUUGGAAGAACAUGCUGAGACAAAAGUCCUGAGCGAUCUUACGAGAGUCAUCGCUGAUACGACCCCCAACACGGGUGUUAUCGUUGCAGUCGCAUCCGACGGUGGUCAGUUCGUUCAUGUCAGACUCAACGAUCAGAUACGAGAACGCUGCCCUCAAAUUGGUAGCAUCCCACCAAACGCGACACUACCCGAUGUGUACUUCAAGCCGUUUCUCAUUGUACUAACCUACCUCGAUGGCGAUGAAUCACUCUCUGUCUUCGCUAGUCAUAUCGGUACUACCGACUUUCUCCUCGUUUUCGCGCAGACAUGGGCUCUUGCAGCUCAGCUUAUUCUCCCAAAGCUACAAAACAAACUCAUAUCGUCAAUGGCAGAACUAUACAUAAAAAUGGUCGAUGGAAACAACAGGGGUUUGGAGAAGCGAUAUACCGCAGACGCCAACCUCAAGCAUGCUAUCCAGUAUCUCCGACAUUACUUCGGUCCACAAAGCCAGGCAGAAAGGUUCCUCAUAUGCUUUAUCGCAAGAACAGCGCCGCUGGGUUGCGAGCUAGAUCGACGGCUAGCCAGCGAGGGCUUCGGUGACGAUAUCUGCACGUAUCAGAUCCUCAAUGGUGGCCACCGCUUUAUGUAUAGCGGCGACCGCUGGGAGGAGGACCAGCUCCAGAUGCAGGAAUUCGCUCAACUUGCCAAACACCGUCUUCUGUCUUUCUAA